AUGCUGCGGUUCCAGAGGUUUGCUUCCACGUACUCCCAGAGACAGGUGCUGAGACGGUACCCGGUCGGAGCUACGAUCCACGGCUAUGAGGUGCAGCGAGUGAUGCCAGUGCCUGAGUUCAAAUUGAGCGCCGUUCAUCUGGUACAUAGCCAGACGGGCUCAGAGCACCUCCACAUUGACCGAGAGGAUAGCAACAAUGUAUUCAGCAUAGGGUUUAAGACUAAUCCGCCGGAUUGCACGGGAGUGCCGCACAUCUUGGAGCAUACGACGUUAUGUGGGUCAUACAAGUAUCCGGUGCGCGAUCCAUUCUUUAAGAUGCUCAAUAGAUCGCUGGCAAACUUUAUGAAUGCAAUGACGGGCCCAGAUUAUACGUUUUACCCUUUCUCGACGACAAACAAGGCGGAUUUUGAGAACCUCAUGAGUGUCUAUCUGGAUGCGACGUUGAAUCCGUUAUUGAAACCGGAAGAUUUUUACCAGGAAGGCUGGAGAUUAGAACAUAGCCAAGUGGAGGAUCCCGAGAGUGAUAUUGUGUUCAAGGGCGUGGUGUAUAACGAGAUGAAAGGUCAAGUAUCGAAUGCUAACUAUUAUUUUUGGAUCAAGUUCCAAGAUUCCAUCUACCCAUCGCUGAACAACUCAGGUGGCGAUCCAAAGAAGAUAACCGACCUGCAGUACCACGAACUGGUUGAUUUCCAUCAGCGGAAUUAUCAUCCAUCGAAUUCUAAAACCUUCACGUACGGAAAUAUACCCUUGGACAGCACUCUGAAACGCUUAAAUGAGCAGUUUAUCGGCUACGGUAAGCGGAAAAGCAGCAAACGGCCGCUCUUGCCGAUCGAGCUUGGAAAGGAUGUCGAGGCGAAUUUCCACGGACAGGUAGAUCCCAUGUUGCCGCCCGACAGACAGUUAAAAACUUCAAUGACUUGGAUAUGCGGCUCUCCACGAGACACAUAUGAGACUUUUUUGCUUAAGGUCCUCGGAAGCCUUUUGAUGGAUGGCCAUUCUUCUGUCGUUUACCAAAGAUUGAUCGAAUCAGGCAUUGGGCUUGAUUUCUCCGUCAACUCUGGAGUUGAGUCAAACACGUCCGUCAACUUCUUAACCAUUGGUGUGCAGGGAGCAUCUGACGUUUCCAAGUUUAGACGGACGGUUGAUGAAAUAUUUACGGACGUUUUAAAGAAGCCAUUUGAUCGCCAGAAGGUAGAAGCCAUACUCCAACAACUGGAACUGGGUAAGAAAGAUCAUAAGUCUAAUUUUGGCCUGCAAUUACUUUACUCUUUGUUGCCUGGUUGGACGAACGAAGUGGAUCCAUUCGAAGGAUUACAGUUCGAUGAAACAUUGCAAAGGCUUCGUGAGGACUACGAAACGAAAGGUGAUAGAUUAUUCUAUGAUUUGAUUAACAAGUACGUUAUUGAUAAACCAUGUUUCAAAUACUCGAUGCAAGGUUCCGAGGACUUUUCAAAGAAUUUAGAGGAAGAGGAGAAGAAACGUUUACAAGCAAAACUGAGCCACUUAGACGAAAAUGAUAAAGAGGUGAUUUAUAGACGUGGACUAUUGCUUCAAGAGAAACAGAACUUGAAAGAGGACCUAACCUGUCUGCCAAGCCUAAAAAUUAGCGAUAUAUCCCGUAAUGGAGAUUCUUUCCCAGUUGAUAAGCUGAGCCCCGUCAUAACGAGCCGUAUAACCGAUACAAACGGAAUCACAUACAUUCGUGCGAAAAGGAAAUUGAAUGACUCCAUCCCAGCGGAGCUUUACCCAUAUCUAACAUUGUUUGCCGAUUCCCUGACCAGUUUAGGUACAUCCACCGAAGACUAUAGCGAAAUAGAAGAUGCUAUGAAGUUGCACACAGGCGGAAUCUCAACACACAUCGAUGUGACCACUGACCCGGUCACUUUGAGGCCACAUCUUUACUUUAAAUUUGACGGAUGGUCUUUGAACUCAAAGACUGACCAUAUUUUCGACAUAUGGAAAAAGCUUUUAGUUGAUACCGAUUUCCGCAAGCACAGUGAUAAACUGAAAAUAUUGGUCAGGUCUUUGGCCUCUUCAAACACCUCUGCCGUCGCAGAAUCAGGGCAUAGCUUCGCGCGAGGAUAUGCAGGAGCUCAUUACAGCGCCACUAAAGCUAUAGGUGAAAGCCUGAAUGGUAUCGAACAGCUACAGCUGAUAACCAGACUGAGUAACACGCUGGACGACGAACAAGCUUUCCAGACCAACCUAGUCGAUAAACUGAUUGAACUGAAAGAGCAUGUCAUAAGAUCAGAAAAUCUCGAAUUUUUCGUGACCACUGACUCACAUCCUUCUGCUGAACAAGUUCAAACCCAAAUUUCCAAGUUCGUUGAGACACUUCCACGGGGUGCCACCCACGGAGGUCUGGAAGCAGCUCAAUAUCCACUAUUGCCCAUGCGCGCGGGCAUAAGCAACACCCUGAUUGAUUUCCCCUUUCAGGUUCAUUACGCGGCCAGCGUUCUACCAGGUGCUUCCUACACACACGUCGACGGGGCUCACCUGCAAGUGCUCGCGAGCUUGCUUACCUUCAAGCACCUGCACCGCGAAGUGAGAGAGAAGGGCGGCGCAUAUGGCGGCGGAGCCACAUACAGUGCCUUGGAUGGCCUCUUUAGCUUUUAUUCCUACAGGGACCCACAUCCACUACAGUCUCUCGAGACGUUCAGCAAGAGCGCGUCCUAUGUGUUGAACAAUGCGAGAUGGACCAAAGCCGACCUCGACGAAGCUAAGAUGACCAUUUUCCAGCAAGUUGAUGCUCCUAUAAGCAGGAAAAGCGAAGGCAUAACCAACUUCUACUCUAAUGUCACUGAUGCGAUGAGGCAAGCAAGGAGAGAACAAUUGCUGGAUACUUCUCUAUCCGAUGUCCAGAACGUCACUGAAAAGUAUCUACUCAACAAGCACCCUGCCAAUGCAGUGGUCGGCCCUAUCAUUGACGGCAAGACUACGGAGGCUGGUUGGCAAGUCGAACAGCUGUGA